AUGGCCGCGCGGGCAGCAGCAGCGGCGGCGGCGGCGGCGUCGCGGGCGGGCAGCGGCGAGCGGCGGGCGCCCCCCGGGCCGAAGCCGGCGCCCGGGGCCCGGGACCUGGAGGCGGGGGCGCGCGGCGCGGCGGCGGCGGCGGCACCGGGACCCAUGCUGGGGGGCGGCGGCGGCGACGGCGGCUGCCUCAAUAGUGUGCACCACCACCCCCUGCACCCCCGUAACGAACUGAACAUGGCCCAUAACGCGAGCGCGGCGACCGCCGCCAGCACUAACAGCGCCAAGAGCGGCGGAUCCGAGGCGGCUCUCAAGGAGGGUGGAAGCGCCGCCGCGCUGUCCUCCUCCUCCUCCGCGGCGUCCUCUUCCUCCUCGUCGGGCCCGGGCUCGGCCAUGGAGACGGGGCUGCUCCCCAACCACAAACUGAAAACCGUUGGCGAAGCCCCCUCCGCACCGCCCCACCACCAUGCCCACCACCACCACCACCAUGCCCACCACCACCACCACCAUGCCCACCACCUCCACCACGCACUACAGCAGCAGCUAAACCAGUUCCAGCAACAGCAGCAGCAGCAGCAGCAGCAGCAGCAACAGCAGCAGCAGCAGCAGCAGCAGCAGCAACAUCCCAUUUCCAACAACAACGGCCUUGGCGGCGCGGGCGGCGGCGCGGCUCAGCCCGGUCCCGACAUGGAGCAGCCGCAACAUGGAGGCGCCAAGGACAGUGCCGCGGGCAGCCAGGCCGAUCCCCCGGGCCAGCCUCUGCUAAGCAAGCCGGGCGACGAGGACGACGCGCCGCCCAAGAUGGGGGAGCCGGCGGGCGGCCGGUACGAGCACCCGGGCCUGGGCGCCCUGGGCGCGCAGCCGCCGCCGGUCGCGGUGCCCGGGGGCGGCGGCGGCCCCGCGGCCGUCUCGGAGUUUAAUAAUUACUAUGGCAGCGCUGCCCCUGCCAGCGGCGGCCCCGGCGGCCGCGCUGGGCCUUGCUUUGAUCAACAUGGCGGACAACAAAGCCCCGGGAUGGGGAUGAUGCACACCGCCUCAGCCGCCACCGGAGCCCCCAGCAGCAUGGACCCCCUGCAGAACUCCCACGAAGGGUACCCCAACAGCCAGUACAACCAUUAUCCGGGCUACAGCCGGCCCGGCGCGGGCGGCGGCGGCGGCAGCGGAGGCGGAGGCGGAGGCGGAGGAGGAGGAGGAGGAGGAGGAGGCAGCGGAGGAGGAGGAGGAGGAGGAGGAGGAGCAGGAGCAGGAGCAGCAGCAGCAGGAGCGGGAGCUGUGGCGGCGGCGGCCGCGGCGGCGGCAGCAGCAGCAGGAGGCGGCGGCGGCGGCUAUGGGGGCUCGUCCUCGGGGUACGGGGUGCUGAGCUCCCCCCGGCAGCAGGGCGGCGGCAUGAUGAUGGGCCCCGGGGGCGGCGGGGCCGCGAGCCUCAGCAAGGCGGCCGCCAGCGCGGCGGCGGGGGGCUUCCAGCGCUUCGCCGGGCAGAACCAGCACCCGUCGGGGGCCACCCCGACCCUCAACCAGCUGCUCACCUCGCCCAGCCCCAUGAUGAGGAGCUACGGCGGCAGCUACCCCGACUACAGCAGCCCUAGCGCGCCGCCGCCGCCGCCGUCGCAGCCCCAGUCCCAGGCGGCGGCGGCGGGGGCGGCGGCGGGCGGCCAGCAGGCGGCCGCGGGCAUGGGCUUGGGCAAGGACAUGGGCGCCCAGUACGCCGCUGCCAGCCCGGCCUGGGCGGCCGCGCAACAAAGGAGCCACCCGGCGAUGAGCCCCGGCACCCCCGGCCCCACCAUGGGCAGAUCCCAGGGCAGCCCGAUGGAUCCCAUGGUGAUGAAGAGACCUCAGUUGUAUGGGAUGGGCAGUAACCCUCAUUCUCAGCCUCAGCAGAGCAGCCCUUACCCUGGAGGUUCGUACGGCCCCCCAGGCCCACAGCGGUAUCCUAUCGGCAUCCAGGGUCGGACCCCAGGGGCCAUGGGAGGAAUGCAGUACCCACAGCAGCAGAUGCCACCUCAGUAUGGACAGCAGGGUGUGAGUGGGUACUGCCAACAGGGCCAGCAGCCUUACUACAACCAGCAGCCGCAGCCUCCGCACCUCCCUCCGCAGGCUCAGUAUCUGCCGUCCCAGCCCCAGCAGAGGUACCAGCCGCAGCAGGACAUGUCUCAGGAAGGCUAUGGAACUAGGUCUCAACCUCCUCUGGCUCCUGGGAAACCUAACCACGAAGACUUGAACUUGAUACAACAAGAAAGACCAUCAAGUUUACCAGACCUGUCUGGCUCCAUUGAUGACCUCCCCACGGGCACGGAAGCAACCCUGAGCUCUGCCGUCAGUGCAUCUGGGUCCACAAGCAGCCAGGGGGAUCAGAGCAACCCGGCCCAGUCACCGUUCUCUCCACACGCAUCCCCCCAUCUCUCCAGCAUCCCUGGGGGCCCGUCACCGUCUCCAGUGGGCUCUCCUGUAGGAAGCAACCAGUCACGAUCAGGCCCAAUUUCUCCUGCAAGUAUUCCAGGCAGUCAGAUGCCUCCUCAGCCACCUGGGAGCCAGUCAGAAUCGAGUUCCCAUCCUGCCCUGAGCCAGUCACCAAUGCCGCAGGAAAGAGGUUUUAUGGCAGGCACACAAAGAAACCCUCAGAUGUCUCAGUACGGACCCCAGCAGACAGGACCGUCCAUGUCGCCUCACCCGUCCCCUGGAAGCCAGAUGCAUCCUGGGAUCAGUAGCUUUCAGCAGAGCAACUCAAGUGGGACUUACGGUCCGCAAAUGAGCCAGUAUGGACCACAAGGUAACUACUCCAGACCCCCAACGUAUAGUGGGGUGCCCGGUGCAAGCUACAGCGGCCCAGGGCCUGGCGUGGGCAUCAAUGCCAACAACCAGAUGCAUGGACCAGGGCCAGGCCAGCCAUGUGGUGCUCUGCCCCUGGGACGGAUGCCGUCAGCCGGGAUGCAGAGCAGACCGUUCCCUGGAAACAUGAGCAGCGUGACCCCCAGUUCUCCCGGCAUGUCUCAGCAGGGAGGGCCAGGAAUGGGGCCACCGAUGCCGACCGUGAACCGUAAGGCACAGGAGGCAGCUGCCGCAGUGAUGCAGGCCGCUGCAAACUCAGCACAAAGCAGGCCACCAUACAUUAGGUCGCCUGCUUAUCCCAGCCAGUCUGGGGCUGGCGGACGCCCCAUGUUUUCUUCCCAGCACCCCAACUAUGGCAACUCUCAGGCUCCCAUGAUGCACCAGCCUGACCAGUACGGGCAAGGCGGCUUCCCGGGCCUGAACCAGAGUGGACUCAUGACUUCCAGCUCUCCGUACAGCCAGCCCAUGAACAGCAGCGCCGGGCUGAUGAGCACCCAGGCCCCACCCUACAGCAUGCCGCCCAAUAUGGUGAACAGCUCCACAGCAUCUAUGGGUCUUGCAGAUAUGAUGUCUCCUGGCGAAUCCAAACUGCCCCUGCCCCUCAAAGCAGACGGCAAAGAAGAAGGCGCUCCGCAGCCCGAGAGCAAGGCGAAGGAUAGCUACAGCUCUCAGGGUAUUUCUCAGCCCCCAACCCCCGGCAACCUGCCAGUCCCUUCCCCAAUGUCCCCCAGCUCUGCUAGCAUCUCCUCGUUUCAUGGAGAUGAAAGUGAUAGCAUUAGCAGCCCAGGCUGGCCAAAGACUCCGUCAAGCCCUAAGUCCAGCUCGUCCACCACCACAGGGGAGAAGAUCACAAAGGUGUAUGAGUUGGGGAAUGAGCCAGAGAGGAAGCUGUGGGUUGACCGCUACCUGAGCUUCAUGGAAGAGAGAGGCUCCCCUGUCUCAAGUCUGCCUGCCGUGGGCAAGAAGCCUCUGGACCUGUUCCGGCUCUACGUCUGCGUCAAAGAGAUUGGGGGUUUGGCCCAGGUUAAUAAAAACAAGAAGUGGCGUGAGCUGGCAACCAACCUGAACGUUGGCACUUCAAGCAGUGCGGCGAGCUCCCUGAAAAAGCAGUACAUCCAGUACCUGUUCGCCUUCGAGUGCAAGAUCGAGCGCGGGGAGGAGCCCCCACCAGAGCUCUUCAGCACCGGGGAGACCAAGAAGCAGCCCAAGCUGCAGCCGCCAUCUCCUGCUAAUUCAGGAUCCUUGCAAGGUCCACAGACCCCCCAAUCAACUGGCAGUAACUCGAUGGCCGAGGUUCCUGGUGACCUGAAGCCACCUACUCCAGCCUCCACCCCUCAUGGACAGAUGACCCCAAUGCAAGGUGGAAGAAGCAGUACUGUCAGUGUGCAUGACCCAUUCUCGGACGCGGGUGAUUCAUCGUUCCCCAAACGGAACUCCAUGACUCCGAGCGCCCCGUACCAGCAGGGCAUGGGCAUGCCGGACGUGAUGGGCAGGGUGCCCUAUGAGCCCAACAAGGACCCCUUCGGAGGAAUGAGAAAAGUGCCUGGCGGCGGCGAGCCCUUCAUGGCGCAGGGGCCGACGCCCACCGGCAGCACGCAGGACAUGUACGGCCUGGGCGUGGCGCAGCGGCAGCAGUUUCCCUACGGAACCACCUACGAUCGGAGGCAUGAACCCUACGGGCAGCAGUACCCAGGCCAAGGCCCUCCCUCAGGACAGCCGCCGUAUGGAGGACACCAGCCUGGCCUGUAUCCACAGCAGCCGAACUACAAGCGCCACAUGGACGGCAUGUACGGGCCUCCCGCCAAGCGCCACGAGGCGGACAUGUACAGCGUGCAGUACGGCAGCCAGCAGCAAGACAUGUACAACCAGUACGGGGGCUCCUACUCCGGGCCGGACCGCAGGCCCAUCCAGGGCCAGUACCCGUACCCCUACAGCAGAGAGAGGAUGCAGGGCCCGGGCCAGAUGCAGCCGCACGGGCUCCCCCCUCAGAUGAUGGGCGGCCCCAUGCAGGCCGCCUCCAGCGAAGGGCCUCAGCAGAGCAUGUGGGCGACCCGGAAUGAUAUGCCUUACCCCUACCCCAACAGGCAAGGCCCCGGCGGCCCUGCGCAGGCGCCUCCUUAUCCGGGCAUGAACCGCACGGAUGACAUGAUGGUCCCUGAUCAGAGGAUAAAUCACGAGAGCCAGUGGCCUUCUCACGUCAGCCAACGUCAGCCUUACAUGCCCUCCUCCGCCUCCAUGCAGCCCAUCACGCGCCCGCCCCCGUCGUCCUACCAGACGCCGCCCUCACUGCCAAACCACAUCUCCAGAGCGCCCAGCCCCGCCGCCUUCCCGCGCUCCCUGGAGAGCCGCAUGUCUCCCAGCAAGUCCCCCUUCCUGCCCUCCAUGAAGAUGCAGAAGGGCAUGCCUGCCGUCCCCACGCCCCAGGUCACGGGGCCGCCGCCCCAGCCGCCCCCCAUCAGAAGGGAGAUCACCUUCCCUCCCGGCUCGGUGGAAGCGUCUCAGCCAGUCUUGAAACAAAGGCGGAAGAUUACCUCAAAGGACAUCGUUACUCCGGAGGCGUGGCGCGUGAUGAUGUCCCUGAAGUCAGGUCUUUUGGCUGAAAGUACUUGGGCUUUGGACACUAUUAAUAUUCUCCUAUAUGAUGACAGCACUGUUGCUACAUUCAAUCUCUCCCAGUUGUCCGGAUUCCUCGAACUUCUAGUAGAGUACUUUAGAAAAUGCCUGAUUGACAUUUUUGGAAUCCUUAUGGAAUAUGAAGUGGGAGACCCCAGCCAAAAAGCACUUGAUCACAACGCAGUGAAGACAGACGACGGCCAGGCCUGGGCCGGCGAGUCCGGGAAGGAGGAGGAAGCUGCCGAAUGCCUGGAGGACGAGGAGGACGAGGAGGAGGACGAGGAGGAGGACGGGGGGAAGGCAGAGCCCGAGGAGAAGGGCAGCCCGGCCUCGAGCGCUCCCGACGCCGCUGCAGAUCCCCAGGAGAAGCCCCGGCAAGCGAGCAAGUUUGACAAGCUGCCCAUCAAGAUCGUCAGGAAGAACACCCUGUUCGUGGUGGACCGCUCCGACAGGCUGGGCCGCGUGCAGGAGUUCAGCAGCGGGCUCCUGCACUGGCAGCUGGGCGGCGGGGACACCACGGAGCACAUCCAGACGCACUUCGAGAGCAAGAUGGAGAUCCCCCCGCGCAGGCGCCCGCCGCCCCCUCUCGGCUCCGCGGGCCGAAGGAGAGAGCCGGAGGGCAGAGGGGACUGGGACGAGCAGCAGGAGAGGAGCAUCAUCGCGACCAUCGACGACGUCCUGUCCGCCAGGCCAGGCGCGCUGCCCGAGGACGCCAACGCCGGGGCGCAGGCCGAGAGCAGCAAGUUCCCCUUCGGCAUCCAUCAGGCCAAGAGCCACCGCAACAUCAAGCUGCUGGAGGAUGAGCCGCGCAGCCGCGACGAGACGCCGCUCUGCACCGUCGCGCACUGGCAGGACUCCCUGGCCAAGCGCUGCAUCUGCGUGUCCAACAUUGUCCGUAGCUUGUCUUUCGUGCCUGGCAACGACGCCGAAAUGUCCAAACAUCCAGGCUUGGUGCUGAUCCUGGGGAAGCUGAUUCUUCUUCACCACGAGCAUCCGGAGAGGAAACGAGCCCCGCAGACCUACGAGAAGGAGGAGGACGAGGACAAAGGGCUGGCCUGCAGCAAGGACGAGUGGUGGUGGGACUGCCUCGAGGUCCUGCGGGAUAACACGCUGGUCACGUUAGCCAACAUUUCCGGGCAGCUAGACUUGUCCGCCUACACGGAGAGCAUCUGCCUGCCCAUCCUGGACGGCUUGCUGCACUGGAUGGUGUGCCCGUCUGCAGAGGCCCAAGACCCCUUUCCGACGGUGGGACCCAACUCCGUCCUGUCGCCUCAGAGGCUUGUGCUGGAGACCCUCUGUAAACUCAGCAUCCAGGACAAUAACGUGGACCUGAUCUUGGCCACGCCUCCGUUUAGUCGGCAGGAGAAGUUCUAUGCUACGCUAGUUAGGUACGUGGGGGAUCGCAAAAACCCGGUCUGUCGGGAAAUGUCCAUGGCGCUUUUAUCGAACCUGGCCCAAGGGGACACGCUCGCGGCGAGGGCAAUAGCUGUGCAAAAAGGAAGCAUUGGCAACUUGAUAAGCUUCCUGGAGGACGGGGUCACCAUGGCCCAGUAUCAGCAGAGCCAGCAUAACCUCAUGCACAUGCAGCCCCCGCCUCUAGAACCGCCGAGCGUGGACAUGAUGUGCAGGGCGGCCAAGGCCCUGCUGGCCAUGGCCAGGGUGGACGAGAACCGCUCGGAGUUCCUUCUGCACGAGGGCCGGUUGCUGGAUAUCUCCAUAUCGGCCGUCCUGAACUCUCUGGUCGCGUCUGUCAUCUGUGACGUACUGUUUCAGAUCGGGCAGUUAUGACAGCAGUGUGAGUGAAGGCUAGAGCUCCCGUGUAACUGGCUGUUUUCUGUUCUCGUUUAUCCGUAGGGAGAAGGAAAAGAAAAUCUUUGCUCCUCUGCCCCAUUCACUACUUACCGAUUGGGAAUUAAAGAGAUAAUUAAUUCGAACAGUUAUGAAAUUAAUAUUUGCUGUCUGUGUGUAUAAGUACAUCUGUUUGGGUUUUUUUAUUUUGUUUUUUUUUUUUUGUUUUUUUUUUUAACCAAAAUUGCUGUCUAGUGCAUUCAAAGGUCACUUUUUUUCACCGAUUUUCUUUUUAAUGUUCUUUCUUUUUCCAUGUUGUAUUGCAUUUUUGGGGAAGCAAAUUGACUUUAAAGAAAAAUGUGGCAAAAGAUGCUAAGAUGGGAAAAUUUCACCACAUUGAGGCCAAAAGGUGAGAAAUCAUCAAUAUCCCAGGUGUAUUCUUCAGAUAAUGAAUUAAAAAAUGUAUCCCAUCACCCAAAGCUCUGUGCAAUAAAAUCUUUUAGAAAUGUAGGGAUAGGGGCUCAAGGAGGUGUGUCAGUCAGUGGUCAGACUAUGAAAUGCGACUGGUUUCUCCACAGGAAAAUGGUCACAUUAGGCUAGGAGCAAAACUAAUGUUUCUUUUUAAGUUAAGGUUGACAACGGCCCACGGAAAUGCUUCCUCACCGAUGCCGCCACGUCCGCUGUCCGUCUCCGCCUCCCACGCGACAGUUCUUCACAAUUCCUUUAACCAUUUUUUAAAUAUUUUUUUUUACUGCCUAUGGGCUGUGAUGUAUAUAGAAGUUGUACAUUAAACAUACCCUCAUUUUUUUUUCUUUUUUC